AUGGAUUUUUGGGACAUGAGAGGAGCACAUGUUUCAUCUGUGGACAGAAAGCAGAACCAUUUAUUGGUAACACAUCCUGCAGAAGCUAAUACUUCCCUGCCUGUGCUGGUGGAUACAAAGGCUAACCUCUCUUGCCCUCCUAUCGUGUUGACAAAUUUGCUUUUAACUACAUGGGAAAUAACCCUUGGAGACAAGCCUCUCUGCAUCAGAUUCCACAGGAGAGACACAAAUGAGACCAUAGAAACAAACUGCACUGACAAGAGAAUGACCUGGCCAGACAGACCUGAUAAGAUUCCUGCCCUUCAGAUUGACCCAGUGGCCAUCACUCAUGAGGGGUAUUACAGGUGUGAAGUGGUAACAACUGAUGGGAAUUUCCAGUAUAACUAUCACCUCCGAGUGCUAGUGGCCCCUGAGAUGACUCUGUUUCAAAGCGAGAAUAGAACUGCGGUGUGCAAGGCAGCUGCGGGGAGGCAGGCUGCCCGGAUCUCCUGGACCCCAGCGGGAGACUGUGUCCCUGAGCACAAAGUUUGGGGCAAUGGCACAGUGACUGUCCAGAGCAUGUGCCACUGGGCGGAUGGCAAUGUGUCUAUUGUGUCCUGCGCUGUCUCCCAUGAGACUGGCAACUGGAGUCAGUCCAUAGAGCUGAAUCAAGGUAAGAAAUUCUAGUUUUGUUUUUGAUUUUCCAUUCUUUCAGAUGAGUUGUGGUAAGAAGGAAAAAGGAAUUUGUAGAGAAUUUCUCCCAAGGAUGU